AGCGCAAGAGCUGAGCGAAGCACAGGAUAAAGACGGGAUCUCAGAAGGCGGCCCCGGAGCAGUCUUAAUCCCUGCAUUCUCCAGAUUCGAGCUACGCUGUGCGCUGCCCCGUGAUGAGCCCUGCUGGCCCAGAGUGGCCUAGACCCCGAGUCUUGUGGAUGCUGUGGUCACUGCUGGUGGUGCUAUUGUCACCGUGGAGGAUGUGGGCUGUCAAGAAUACCCAGGAGUGCGCCUGGCAGGUUGUCCUGAACAAGUUUAAGAUGAUAGGCAAUAACGAAGGGAGUGACCGCUUCUUUGAUCAAGAGCCCGUGGACACAGUGGGCAGCGUGUUCCACCUUCUGGUGGAUGCGCCCAUCGACCCGGACGAGAAAUACCUGGGCUUCCCUUACUACCUGAAGAUCAACUACUCUUGCAAGGGAGAGUCCUCCGAGGCUCUGGUCCGCAAGGGACACCUGACGGGGCUGAAGCCUGUGGUGCUGGUCACCUUCCAGUCCCCAGUUAACUUCAAUCACUGGAAGUUAGAGCAGCUGCAGAUCCAGAUGGAGGCUGUCCCCUUCCGCAGCAAAGAGCCGUGCAGCGCAGAGGAGGUGUGUGUCAUGAGCUGGUACACGCCCAUGCCCAUCAAGAAUGGCAGCGUGGUCAUGUAUGUGGAUGUCAGCAGCAAUGGCCUGGGGCCCUUCAUCCCCAAUGCAAGGUUUCAGAUGAACAUCAAUGGCUUCCUGAAGAGACAGCAAGACAACACACUCGAGUUCACUGUGGGAAAUGAGCUCUUCAACCUGAUACCUGUGAAAUUUGUGAAUGUCCCGUCGAGGCCCCUGUGGUACACUGUAGACCAGGCACCUGUGCUCAUCCUGGGAGGAAUUCCUGAGGAGAAGUCCAUUCUGCUGACUGACACCAGCUUCAAGGACUUUUCUAUCGUGGAGUUGAGCAUUGACAGUUGCUGGGUAGGCUCCUUCUACUGCCCCCAGACCGGCUUCACUGCCACCAUCUUAGACGCCAUCGCCACCGAGAGCAUGCUCUUCAUCCGGCAGAACCAGCUCGUGUACUACAUUACAGGCACCUACCUCACACUCCACGGGAGCGGCCAUGGCAGCGAGAACUGGGUUCGUGUGCUGCCCAACGAGUGCAUCAAGAGGCUGUGCCCCGUGCAUCUUCAUAGCAAUAGCUCCGAGUACAUCUUGGCCCUCACCAUUGGGAAGCAUGAAGGUUACAUCCACUUUGGGACCAUCACAGAUGGCCGUGUUUCCUUUGAGAUGCUGCCCAGGCUGUGGUCCGUGUGCCAAGAGAUAAGAGCUGCCACCUGCUCCAUAACCUGGGCUGUGUACUCUGGGGAUGACAAUGAUGUGCUGCUGCUGGUGGAGAGUGAAGAUAACGCUGCCAAGAAGUUUUCCCAGGUGGUCAUCUACAACCUGGUCACCGAAUACGUGUCCGUUCACUACAGGAUCCCGGAAUUCAUUCCUGAUGCUCAAGGCCAGGAGUUCCUGAUGAUCCUCGGGACAGAGUCUUACACCAACGUCCCGAUGGUGCCCAAGGGCAUGUCCCACAACCCAUUUAACAACCUGCUAUUCGUCUGGGGCAACUUCCUCCUGCAGAGCUAUGGUUAUGACCACUUCAUCUACCUGGCCAACUUCCCCAGUCAGCUGUCCAUCAAGUACGUGGUUGACUCGUUCCAUGGGGAGCUAGCCAUUGUCACAGAAACUGAGGAGAUCUGGUACCUCCUGGAAGGCAGCUAUCGGGUGUACAAGCUGUUCCCAUCCAGGGGCUGGGAGGUGUACUUCAGCCUGCAGGUGAUGCGCCAGCCCUCUCCCCGUGCCUCCGGGGAGACCAUGGUUACCCUCUUCUAUGAAAACAGCAAUCUGUACCAGCUGGUGUACCUCGUUAUCAACAAGCAAGGCCAGCUCAUCAAGAGACUUGUGCCCGUGGCGCUGCUUCUGUUGUACCAGCAGCCGGGCAGCGACUACCACUUGCUGCAACAAAAGAGUCACCUGAAGCUCCUCUUGACCAACUCCUGCCCCUUCACGGCGAUGCGCCUGUGGGACCUGCCCAACCCGCAGAUCUACACACGCCAGGAGCGCUACCGGGCGAAGCCGCCACACAUCCUGGGGCCCUCGGGCUUCCAUACGGAGAACUCGCUCGCUGUCUAUCAGGGCCUCGUCUACUACCUGCUCUGGCUGCACUCCAAGUACGACAAGCCUUACGCCGAGCCGGUGCACGACUCCACCUGGCGCUGGUGGAAGAACAAGCAGCAGGACCGGGACUACUACAACUACCUGGCGAGCAACUGGCUGAGUGCGGGUAACGUGCACAUUGACAUGGACGACUACGAAAAGGUCUACGACCUCAAGGCCGAGUACCAGCUGCCGGAGCGCAUCUUCCUGGAUAAGGGCACCAGCUACAGCUUCUCCAUCUUCCUGACUGCCCAGAGCCACUCGUUCAAGUCCGAGGACUCUGCAGACCACGUCUUCAAACUGAGGAGCCAGGUGGACCUGGGCGUGGCGCUGACUGAACCGAACUGCAUUGUGGUGAGGGUGACGCCGAAGGACCUUAUUCAUCGCAACUCAGUGCUUUUCAAGGUUACGCUCCGUGAUGAAAGGUAUUGCUUUGACCAGGGCAUUAGUGGACAUCACCUCAAGAAGUCCUCUGUGCUGUUCAAGGUGGCAGGGUCAGCUGGGUACUGCUUCCAGAACACGAUCCAUGGGCCCCGCAUGCAAGGUAACCUGGUGCUGCCAGUGCUUAUCGGCUGCCCGCCAGGCAAGCGCCUGGCCUUUGACAUCACCUACACGCUGGAGUACAACCUCAUGCAGAACAAACACUACUUCGACUGCGUCCACGUAGACCCGGAGAUGCCCUGCUUCCUCUUCCGCAACAUCUUCUACCCCUUCUUCUUGAUCCAAGAUAUGGUGACGGGAGACUCCGGCAGUUUUCAGGGCAGCUAUGUGUUGAAGGUGGUGGGCGGCGGGCCCACCCUGGACACCAUCAAGGAAUACGACGAGGAGGAGAUUUACCGCUUCAACAGCCCUCUGGACAACACAGACAGCCUCAUCUGGACCACCAAGAACGCAACGACCACCAAGGAUAAUUUCAGCAUCCUGUCCCACCAAAGCUGGGGCAUCGAGUGGCUGUGUCUGGAGAACUCCCCAUGCUAUGACACCGUUCCCCAUAGCAUCUUUGCCCCUGAAUUCUUCUUCAAGGUGUUGGUGAGCAAUAGAGGUGUGGACAAGAGCACAUACUGUGACUACCAGCUCAUCUUCUUGCUGCAUAUCCACGGGCUUCCAGUCAGUGCCAAGCGGGCCCUCUUCAUCCUCCUGGUGUCAGCCAGCGUGUUUCUCAGCCUGGUGAUCCUCUACAUCAUCUUUUGCCUCUUGCUGCCCCUUCUGGUGAAGAUCUGCAACAACCUCCACUGGAGGAUCAACAACAUCAUCGCCUCAGUAACCUACACUUACAGCUCCUCUUCCAGAGGCCUAGGCAAUGUAUCUGAGGCCAGAACUAGUACUGGGUCCAAGGUCAGCUUCAAGGUCACCUCUAAGGUGGCUCAGGACAACAAGGCUAAACCCGAGGAAAUAGUGAAGAAGGUGUCACUGACCUAG